CGAACGCCCUCCAUGAACUUCCUCCUGUGUCUCCACAACAGCCAGCUCUGACUUGCCCACUCCAUAGCACGGACACCCUGUUGGAAGGGCACAGCAGAAGCAUGCAAGGAGAAGAAGAGCAGCUCAGCUGAAUUUUAGCUGUUGGGAUUCCUGCUUGAACAAAAUAUAUGUACUGAAAACAACUAUAGGAAAAAAACCUGCAGAACAGAGCAGUUACAGCACACUCAGGUACAAACGAGACAAGGUGCUUGGAGGAGACAUUACCGCUCCUGCAACAACUGUAGCUGGGUGCAACUUCAUAGAGUAAGCAUUUCAGAGGAUGGACAAUGCAAACACUGAAAAAUAUGAGAAAACACAUUCAUAUCAACAUAUGGAACAGUUGACAAAAGAGGAAGUCAAACAAUGGGCAACUGAAGUUGUUAAGAUUGACCAGAAAUAUGCCGAAAUCCUGUUCAACCAAGAUGUGACUGGUUCUACUUUGAAACUGAUGAAUAAAGCAGAUUUUGUGCAAAUGGGCAUACCUUUUGGGCCCACUAUUCGAAUAAUGCAUUUCCUGAAAGAGCAUGACAAUCUAGCUAAAGGCUCAAACCAGGCUGUGGAUCAAGAAGGCACUGAACAGUGUCUUGAUGGAGAAGGGGAGGAUGGAGAAAUUGCAAAGAAACUGUGCAAGAAGAAAUCUGGGUCUUUUACUUCCGGUAUACCCCAGGAUUUUAAGACGGAGCCCAAUGAAGAAGAAAAAGCAAUGAAGUCAGCUGACAAAGAGAAUAUAUCAGAGAAGCCGCUGUCGAGCAGCCAGCACCCAACUGGAAAUAUGUGUAUGCCAUAUCCUUUUGAUAAUUUCACUGAUAGUACUCGAUACAUACAGUAUAAUAUACUUAAUGUCCCUGAAACAGGGCCACUCAACUUCAUUGAUCCAGCACAUGAAUUCAAAUUACUUACCAACACAGAUAAGGCAGUAGAAGAGGAUAUCAUGAUGAAAUUCAGCAACGAUGUCUUUAAAUUUGCUGCAGCCUGCAUGAACUCCCGCACAAAUGGCACUAUUCAUUUUGGAGUACGUGACACGCCACAUGGGCAAAUUGAAGGAAUAAAAGUUACCAAGAAAGAAGCAUACAUUAACCAUUUCAAUACACAGAUUGGAAAGUACUUUCAUGGGCAGUACAUCACAAUUGCAAAAGCUUGCAUUAGAGAACCUAGAUUUGUAGAAGUACUAUUACGAAACGGAGCUCCAUCACAUUUGUUUGUCAUUGAAAUAGAUGUGAUUCCCCAACACCACAUCUGUGGUACAAACUAUUUCUCUACCAAGACAUAUGACUUUAAGACUAAGAGUUGGGAAAAAGCUGUCUUCAUCAGGGAUGGAGCUAGUUCCAAAAAUAUUUGCAAUUCCAAAGAAUUUGAAAGUUUUAAAGGUACCUUGACAUCCUUAGCAAAUUCUCGUAAAAGAGCAGAGGAAGAAUAUAACUUAAAGCAAAAGAAGUCAAUGAAAGAAGGACUAAAGCUAAUUAGUCUGCUCACGGGUAACAGGGACUCACUGGAUAGCUCCUACUAUGACUAUUACAUUUUGGUGACAAACAAAUGCCACCCAAGUCAAACUUCGCACCUAGACUUUUUACAGGAAAUAAAAUGGUUUGCUGUGCUUGACUUCGAUUUUGAAUCAGAAAGGACUGGUGUGUUAGAGACUUACAGCAGAAGUCAAAAUGCCAAACUCUACUUCCCAGAUUAUUAUGAAAACAUGGAGGGUCCAGUUUCUGAACAAGCUGCGAAGCUGAAGCUGCAUCAGGAGACCAACUGGAUUUUCUGCAACGGUGGAUCAGACUUCAAAGGCAAUAAAAAACUACCACUUGAUCCCACUUCAUGGCAACGAGACAGAGCUGCCAGUGUCAGAAAAAUGAUUUCAUUUCUUUCACACAAAGAUGUAAGGCAGAGUGGAAAGUUUUUAAUAGUGUUUCUUCUGCUUUCCACAGUGGAAGAUUCAGUGGAUCCCCUUACUGACACUUUUAUGACAUUUUACCAAGAAUUAAAGGGACUAGAAUAUAUGGUCUGCAUUUGCGUUGGUGCAGGUACGUACCAGCGUUGGAAAGAUCUUCUGCAUCUCAGAGGCAUUAGUGAGGAAGAACUUUCAAACAAAUGUGUAUCUAACCUGAGCCUGCAAAUGGUAAAUGGUACCAUCAUGACACUAAAAUCAAUGACACAGUCUUCUAAAAGACUUCUGCCUUCUGUUGGUCAUUCUACCAUUCUUCUAAAGAAGGAAGAAGACUCGAUGGCAGCAUUGGAAAUACUUUGUGAAAAUGAAUGCAAAGACACCGGAAUAGAGAAGGAUGAAGAUAAAUUUAAAAAUUUCCUUAAAGAGCGGGAAGAAGCUUUUUAUCGAGGUGGUAAAGUAUCAUGGUGGAAUUUCUAUUUUUCUUCUGAAAAGUAUACUUCAGAUUUUAUCAAAAGGGACAGUUAUGAAAAGCUUGAACAGCUAAUUGUGUCUACAUCCGACAGUGUUGACCAAUCACCUGUAAAAAUUAUCAACCUUUACCACCACCCAGGCUGUGGUGGGACAACAUUAGCUAUGCAUAUCCUUUGGGAUCUCCGGAAACGAUUCAGAUGUGCUGUUCUGAAAAACAAAACAAGUGAUUUUGGAACACAGCUGACAACUUUACUCACCUGUGGAGCAAGCAACGACACAGGCUAUUUACCAGUGUUACUUCUUGUGGAUGAUUUUGAAGAACAAGAAAAUGUCAGUGUUCUGCAGAAAGAAAUUCAGACGGCUAUAACAGAAAAAUGUAUUCGGUAUGUAACUCCUUUAGUCAUCAUUCUAAACUGUAUGAGAUCUCAGAAUCCUGAUGAAAGUUCAACAAUCAAUUCACUGAACAGUACUUCUUUAAAACAUAAGCUUUCUCAAAAAGAGCAAAGGGCCUUUGAGUGGAAACUGAAAUGCAUUGAAAAGGAGCAUCCAAAUCCUGACAAUUUCUAUUCAUUUAUGAUUAUGAAGGAAAACUUUGAUCCACAGUACAUAGAAAACGUGGUAAAAAACACCUUGUGUAAAUUGAAUACUGUCUCUAAACCAGCACAACUUGUUUGCUAUCUAACGCUGUUAAACUCAUAUGUAAAAACAUCUACAGUUUCAGUAUCACUAUGUGAAGAAUUCUUAGGAAUUAAUUCUCGAGAGAUCGGCUGCAGUAAAGACAAAUUGAUAGAAAAGAUGGGAAUUUGUUCCAAUAUUCUAAUAUACGAUCAGGUGAAUGAAUACACGAGAUACAAAGGUCUUCGUAUCAUUCACCCACUGAUAGCAUCUCAGUGCCUAAAAGAAUUGAAACUCACCUAUGACUUGCCUCAAAGUGAAAUUACAUUGCGCUUAUUGAAAGAAGAUUUAUUUUAUAAGACUUUGCUCAAGUAUGACAAACUGCUUUGUGAUAUACAAGCCCUGCUGAUUACUAGACAGCGCAAGGAACAUGGCGAUGAGUCAGACACUUUGUUUUCCCCCUUAAUUGAAGCCAUCCAUAGGGAAGAGAAGGGUGGUAAUGUGGAAUCUGUGUUAAAACAAGCAUCGACUAGAUUUGAGCACAACGGUUACAUUUGCCAAGCCUUAGCAAGAUACUUUUACAUUAAAGAAAGGAAUUUUGACUCCGCGUUAUACUGGGCCAAAGUAGCCAAACAGAGAGCACCACACAAUUCGUACAUAUCCAAUACAUUGGGUCAAGUCUUCAAAAGUAAGCUAAGACACUCUGUAGACUGCAAAGCCAAGACAGCAGUCCUGACAGCUGAGGAGCUGAAAUACUUCCUUGAGCUUGCAGAGAAUGCUUCACAGGCUUUCAGAGAAUGCCAGCAGCAAGCUGAAAAAGCAGACAGUGAACAAUCUUUGCAGCAUAAAAAGCUUAAAAGGAAGUUUCAGACAUACAAUACUGCUGGUUAUUGGGGAGAGAUAGAAACUGGUCUUUAUGUUAUUGAUGUCCUUUGGUAUGUUCCUUUUUUCAGCAAAAAAGACUCACAGUGCAGAAAAAAAUUGCAAAAGUAUCUAUCAGGAAAUGGUAGUUUGAAUGUCAGUAACCCCAGCACAGAGAGUGAAAUGUUCAAGGUUCUUAAACAUCACUCCAGCUUUUUAUGUAGUUUGAAAUCCCGGUUGAAAAAGGCAUUUGACUUUUUUGAAGACUACUUUGUGUUUUUCAAAACACACAGCAAUGAAAAGGAAAUUGUAGAGGCAAAAUUAUAUGAGAAGGUUCAAGAACAUUUUACCAAAUACACAGAAAUAUUUUGUGAUUUCAGUUUUGACCAACUGAAAUGUAAACAGGUCUCAAAGUGUAACACACCCCAGUAUGUAGAAGCAUACAGGGACACUGUGGAGGCUUCCAAAGCAGGCUCCUUUUCUGGCAUUUUGGAAUACCUCCACAGGAAUCACCAAAACGCUGACAGAGAAAUAGAGGACAUAGUAGAAGCGUAUGCAUUUUUGUGUCAGGAGAAUGCACCAGCAACUCUGAAAGACAAACAGAAUUUGAUUUUGGCAAAUGUGGUUCUGAACUGCAUUAAACCUGAAUCCGCUAAUUUAUAUCCUCCCAAGGUGCUGAGAAAUCUGCUUCUAAGCAUUCUACAGGUAGUGGGACCAACUUCACAGUGUGUAGAGCCUUUCUUCCUAGCCUCCUUGUUGUUCUGGCCCCAAAACACAAAACAACUAGAUGAAGACUCCAGGAAAAUGGAAACCUUUAUUAGACGCUUAAGCGAGUCUUUCAACAGGCUCUAUGGAACCCUGCGUCUUUCCAGGCAACCUCUGGCUCUUUUCUACCUGGCGAAAGGCAGUGACCUGGACAGAUUUGUUCACAGAGGAAAAAUAGAUCAGCUUUUUAGUUCCCUUUCACAACAGGAACUGAAUUCCCUCUGGCAGAGUGGAAAUAUCUGGAAGGAACAGGCUGUUCAAGAUCUUUUGCUUCCUUUGGAUGGAAGAGCUGAGGGCAAUGUUAUCUACAUAGACUAUGGCAGCAACGAACCCUUCCGGAUACCAGUGCAGCCUGUGCCCUCCUGCCUACUGAAAAAUGGCCCAAACAUCGAAAGAGUGUCUUUUUACCUUGGGUUUUCCAUUGCCGGUCUCCUGGCAUACAACACACAAAGUCUUUCAUCAAAACAAUAGAUAUUGCCAUUUCUCAGCUACAAGGCUUUUUCAGGCAAAAUUAUCCUUUAACUGGGUUUUGGUUUGGGUUUUUUUUUGGUCAAUAAUUGCAAGUGACAGCCUCAGGCUGUUCACUGUAUUUCCUUCUUCACCAUGUUAGUCUUCCAGUCCCAUACAGAGCUGUCUCUACUGUCACAACUGCCGGUUGGACAGUCAGUCAAACCGAAGGGGACCUGUGACUGGUCACUAUCUGCCCAAGGUUCUCUGCUUGGUAACAACAUGAGAAGUGAUUUAAAAAAAAAAAUUGUAUUCUAAAAAAGAGUAUUUUGAAAAUGUUAUCUUUAAAUGUCAUGACUUAUAAGAACCCUACUAUCUUGCUAGCUUUUUUGCCAUUGCUUGUAAUGAUGUCACACCAUGAUUUUCAUACUUAUAAGUAAUGCAAGAACAAGAAAUGUACAUUAGAAAACAUGAAGCAUGUAACAUUUCCUGAUGCUCCAUCAUUCCUGGUGUCAUCUUGGCACAAGGGUAAUGUAAAAGACCAUUCAGUUGCAAAGCAGUAUUUUUUUUCUCAGUUAUUAUUGCACAUGCUUGAAUACUGUCAUGCAUUUGUGUAUGCGCCUGUCUUAAUGGCCAAGCUGUAUGUCUUCUGGGAGGACAGCAGCGCUGGCCUUUCACCUUCUCAGGGCAAGAGUUAUGUGAUUAUUAACAAUAUCCCUACUUUCUGCUGUACUGUAAAAGCACAAAGUUGGUGUUUGAUGUCCAUAUUAAAUAGAUUUUAUUCUUU